ACGUCACAUUGUUAUACACAUGCGCACCACGUCAUUCUGCUGCAGUUUUUGCCGGCGACUAUUUUUAAUUUCACCAUAUUUUGCCGUUUUGUGAGAGCUGAUCAACAUGAUAGCUUCAAGGAUGUAAUAGGUCAUUGCACUGUGUGGUGCUUUCUUUCUCUCUGUCUCUCCUUGCAAAUAACCUAUUUUGGUUAUUUGGGUUACCCUGACUCUAAUAAUCUCUAAAGGAUCAGAAACUUAGUUCCGUACUCUGGUUCCCGUUAGAGGCUUUUAUUGCUAUUGCUCCUGCUGAAGGGAGGCUUCUUCGUCAGAAUGGCGGCAUUUAAGAUCAUUCCACCAAAGAACGGCAUCUAUGUCGUCCAAGGAGAAAUGCAACUGGUUGUCACGGCAAUGAGACGGAGUUCCAGAUGGACGACCCAUCUCCCCCAGGAAGAAGAGCAAGAUCCAUUUUUAGUAAGCUUCUCAAGAUUGAAAGCCAUCCUCAACAGCAUUGCAGAUCUCGGUGCCAUAGAGCCUAAUGUGUUUCUAGGCCCAUUCCUUGAUGUGAUACGUUCAGAUGAUACAACAGGACCUAUUACCGGGCUGGCCCUUUCCUCCAUCAACAAAUUCCUCUCUUACGGUCUCUUGGAUGCAAACAUAGAUGGAGCAGCACAGGGAAUCGAGAACAUCGCCGAUGCUGUCACACACACCCGAUUCGUCGGCACCGAUCCCAGCUCCGAUGAAGUAGUCCUCAUGAAGAUCCUCCAGGUUCUGAGAACAUUACUCCUGACGCCGGUUGGAAUGCUUCUGUCCAAUGAAGCCGUCUGUGAGAUCAUGCCAUCGUGUUUCCGCAUCUGCUUCGAGCUCAGAUUAAGCGAACUCUUGCGGAAGUCGGCUGAGCAUACGCUGAACGAUAUGGUUCAAUUGCUGUUUUCAAGACUACCUCAAUUCAAGGAAGAAAAGCUGUCGGGAAUCAGAAAGCUGAAGAUGCGAGCUGGUGGCAUCGGAGACUCCUCCAGGAGGCGUCGGUCGCGCCAGUCCCCCAAAGUCAGGCAGGGAAAGAACCGCCUCUCUACCACCCCUAUCGAGGAAACCGCCCCCUCGCCAUCCCUUGCUGCACCCUCCAACGGCCCCGCCCCUACUACUGCUGCUACAUCGGGUAAUCCUCAGGCAAAUGGACCACACUCGGGUCCUGCGUCCCAGGCUCAGGGAGCGGGGGGAUCAGAGCAGUCCUUGCAGUCUGUAGGUGUUGCAGAGAGUAUACCCGAGGAAGGUCCAGGAAGAGAUAGUGCAGAUGAGUCCCAGUCAGCUCAGGAUCCAGACAGACCUUCAUCGUUAGCAAUACCGGAAACGGGAGAUGGUGGAGUGGAUGGAAAGGACGCCUCGGUAUCGGAAUGUGAGACACCUCAGAUGGGCGGGGUCAUAUCGGUGUCUGGUGAACAGCGAAUGGACGAUGGCAAGGUUGAAGAUGGCAAACUUUCUUCUGGUGACCAAGAGAGGGCGGACUCUGGUUUGGAAGGCACGGAGGACACAGAAUCCAACACGGACUCUGCAUCUUUGCACGAAUCGGAGUACGUCAAUCCACAGGGGAUUCGCUUCACCCCUCAGCAGAAACAAAAAGAUGGAGCAGGACCACCAAUCCCGUAUGGUCUACCUUGUGUAAGAGAACUUCUCAGGUUUCUUAUCUCUCUCAUCAACCCUUACGACAGGCACAAUACUGAUCUGAUGAUGCAUAUGGGCCUUAGCCUUCUGACCAUCGCCGUGGAAACGGGAUGCGAUCACAUUCCAUCCUUCUCCACCCUCAUCGCUCUCGUCAGAGAUGAUCUGUGCAAAAACCUCUUUGCACUUCUCCAGACGGAAAGGUUGUCCAUCUUUGCGUCAUCUCUCCGAGUUUGCUUCUUCCUCUUCGAGUCGAUGCGAACCCAUCUCAAGCUCCAGCUGGAGAUGUUCAUCCAGAAGCUGACGGAGAUCAUCGUCUCCGAGUCCCAGCGGUACCCUUAUGAGCAGAAGGAAAUGGCCCUGGAUUCGCUCGUCCAGUUGUGGAAGAUUCCGUCCCUUGUGUCCGAACUCUACCUGAACUAUGACUGCGAUCUCUACUGCAGCAAUCUCUUUGAGGACCUUACCAAACUGCUUUCAAAGAAUGCAUUUCCAGUCUCGGGUUCAUUGUACACCACCCAUCUGCUCUCGCUCGAUGCCCUACUGGCGGUCGUCGACAGCAUCGAAGCAAGCUGCCAGCAGAGGAUCCUGUCGACGAUGUCCUCUUUGACGUCGGAUGCCACGGAGAGGUAUGCCACCACUGCCCCGGACUCUGGUGUUACCAUACAGGUCCAGGAGCCCAACGAAGAGAACGGCUCUGAGAGCCCGUCGCAUCAUGAAACCUCGGACUCUGAGUCAACCCGUAGUGACCACUACGCCAACGUCGGACCUCCUACCACUGGCUAUGCUAUGGGACAGAUCAUGGCACAUGCCCUCAAGGAGAAGGAUGGCUCACCAGGCAAAGAGCACGCAUUGGACAAACCAAAGACGACACCAAGUAGAAAAAGGAGCAGGUUUUCAUCCUCAACCAACUUACCGUCCCUAGAAGAACUAGCUCAGCUCAAACACAAAAAGAAGCUCUUGAAUGCCGGUACAGAACUCUUCAACCAGAAACCUUCAAAGGGAAUAGCGUUCCUCCAGGAGAACGGCCUCCUGCCGAACCCAUCGGAUCCUCGGGCCAUCGCAGCGUUCAUCAAGGACAACCCCCAUGUGGAUAAGAAGCAAGUCGGUGACUACAUCAGCAGCAAGAAGAAUGCCAAAAUCUUGGAGCCAUACCUGGACUUGUUUGGUUUUGCAAACACGAGGGUUGACGAAGCCCUGAGGAUGUUGUUGGAAGCAUUUAGGUUACCAGGGGAAGCACCGGUCAUCCAACAUCUUCUAGAAUGCUUUGCAGAGAAGUGGCAUACGUGCAAUGGCCAUCCGUUUGCCAACCAUGAUGCUGCGUUCACACUUGCCUAUGCCAUUAUCAUGCUCAACGUGGACCAGCACAACGACAACGCCAAGAAACAGAACAUUCCCAUGACAAUGGCUCAUUUUAAGAAGAAUUUAGUCAAAGUGAACGGAGGCCAAGACUUUGAUCAGGACAUGCUGGGAGAAGUCUUCAAUGCUAUCAAAAAUGAAGAGAUCGUCAUGCCUGCGGAACAGAGCGGUCUUGUCAAGGAGAACUACCUCUGGAAGGUGCUACUGAAGCGAGGCCAGAAGCCUGGCAGUGAAUUCCUUCAUACAGAUGACGGUCAAUUGGACAAGGACCUCUUCCUUUUAGCCUGGGGACCUACUGUUGCGGCUCUCUCCUUCGUCUUUGAUAAGAGUCUGGAUGAUUCAAUUACGCAGAAGGCUCUUGCUGGAUUCAGAAAAUGUGCAAUGAUUUCCGCCCACUAUGGACUCACCGAUGUCUUUGAUAACCUGGUCAUAUCCCUCUGCAAGUUUACCACACUCCUGAAUUCACUGGAGACGCCCGAGUCCACAGCCAUAGCGUUCGGGGCCAACAGGAAAGCCCAGGUCGCAGCCAAGAACGUCUUCAGCCUGGCUCACCGGCAUGGGGAUAUCCUGGCCGAAGGGUGGAAGAACCUCCUGGACUGCAUGCUCCAGCUGUUCCGUGCCAAACUCCUGCCCAGCGAGAUGGUGGAGGUGAUGGACUUUGUCGAUCCGUCCGGGAGGGUGUCGCUGAUCAGAGAGGAGAUGCCUACUGUCAAGUCCGAUAUGUCUCUCCUUGGUUCCUUCUACUCCUACUUCUCGACUGAUUCAUCCGUCCCUAAGGGUCCAACCCCUGAAGAUCAAGAAGCAAUACAAGAAGCCAGUAACUGUGUUGAGGAUUGUCAUCCAGAACACCUGAUAACGGAGAGCAAGUUCCUUCGUCUCGAAUCGCUCCAGGAGCUCGUCAAAGCCUUGGUCAAUGCUUCCCAAGGCCCAGAGGCUGUUGAUGCCCUAGGCCUGGUCUUUGACGAGGAGGCAGCCAUCUUCAAUCUGGAACUCCUUCUCAGGGUCAUUUUGGAAAACAGAGAUCGAGUGAGUGCUUUCUGGACGACCGUAAGGGAUCAUUUCUACACGUUAGUGGUGACUGUCCCAACCCCUAGCUACCUGGUGGAGCGUGCCAUAGUUGGUCUCCUGCGCCUAGCAAUACGGCUUCUGAGGAGGGAAGAAUUCUCUGGGCAGGUUCUGACGUCCCUUCGGAUGCUCCUCAUGAUGAAGCAACAUGUCAUCUUCGCCAACUGCCGUCAGAUCGCCUACGGACUCUUCGACCUCCUCCGGACCAACGCUGCAAACAUCCACUCCUCUCAGGAUUGGUUCACCCUCUUCACACUACUGGAGUGUGUCGGGGCUGGUGCGGCACCGCGCGCCGUGGUGCAGACCGGACCCAUAAUGGAGGAUAGUGGGUCGGGAGAGAUCGAUCAGAGGUCAAUAGGGGAACCAGAUGCCCAAUCUGACAGUGAGCUGUCGGCCAGCCAAGAGACCCUUGCCUCUGACCAUGGUUACACAUCGGAUAGUGAACUCUAUCGAAAGUCAAGACGAAGUGGCAGUGAAUCUGAGAGAAGUACGAGUAGCUGGCUUGUCGUCAAGAACUCUAGCGAAGACUUGUCAAACAAGCCACUGGUCAAUCAGUUCCAGAUUGCCCUGGAGAUGGACAUCUGUCAUCACGACACCAAAUCUCUGACCAAGUGCUGCGAAUCCCUGGCCUUCUUGGUCCGGGAUGCUGCCCAUGUCACUCCGGCCAACUUCGAGUCCUGCGUCCAUGCCAUCAGGAUGUUCGUGGAGGCUACAGUCAAUGGAGGCAAGCUGAGACACGAGCACAGAAAGCACCCCAAAGAGCGGAAGACCGGCAAGAGCCACAGGAGCAGUACUAGGAUGAAAGGUCGUGACAUGUCAAAGACGAGGUCUGUCCCGGAUAAGAUGUCUCAGAUGAUUGGAGAAGGAGACGAGGGCGAGGACGAUGGUCCUCCCGGUGGAUAUCAAGCUCUGUCAAUCCAGCUUCUUGAUCUGAUGCACACCCUUCACACAAGGGCAGCCUCCAUCUUCAGUUCAUGGGCAGAGGAGGAGCAGCGGGAGGGCCAGCAGGUCACCAUCGACGCUGGUGCUAGUGCAUUGUGGGUGAAGUGUUGGUGCCCUCUCUUACAAGGCAUCGCCCGUCUGUGCUGCGACACCAGACGUCAGGUCCGGAUGCAGGCGCUGACCUACCUUCAGAGGGCGCUGUUGGUCCACGACCUCCAGACCUUGUCCGCGGUGGAGUGGGAAUCCUGCUUCAACAAGGUUCUCUUUCCUCUGCUGUCUCUGCUCCUGGAGGACACCCAUGAUCCCGUGGGCAUGGAGGAGACCAGGAUGCGGGCGGCCACUCUGCUCUGCAAGGUAUUCCUCCAGCACCUGACCCCAUUGCUUUCCCUAUCUACCUUCACUGCUCUGUGGUUGACCAUACUGGAUUUCAUGGACAAAUACAUGCAUUCUGAUAAGAGUGAACUCCUGUAUGAAGCCAUUCCUGAGUCUCUCAAGAAUAUGUUGCUCGUGAUGGACACUGCCGGAGUGUUUGGGUAUCCCGAGCCAGGUUCACAAACCCAUCAACUGUGGAUCAAUACUUGGGAGAGGAUCGAUUGCUUCCUACCGGGCCUCAGGAAUCAAGUCUUUACCCCACAAGAAACUGCUCCUGUUUCCAAGCCCAAAUCCGAAGCCAACGUUCCCAAGGCUGAUGUGAUUCCCAGAGAUGGAGCAGUCAGUCCUGUACAGAAUGGACCUUCUCAGGCAACCCCAAACAAUGCAGAGAUGCCAGCCAAUGCCAAGCAGCCGUCUCCUCGCUCCGGAACCCCGUCCCCCUCCCCGGUCACCCAGCCAACCGAUGCCCCCACGCCUCCACCGGCCACCAGCCCUUCUCCACCACCGGCACCACAGCCAACCUCCACCCCGCCCACUGGCCCAGACACAGUGCAAUCCAACAUCAUCCUGCAGCCGCCCCUUCCGCACUUGAUGCCCCCAGGGACGGGAAAGGAGCUCGGAGGGACCAUUCCUAUAUUGCUGGAUCCCAGCGUGCUUCAGGGGUCGGCAGUGCCGUUCAUCGCGGUGUCACAGUCGCAGACCGCUACCACAGGGAGCUAACCAUAGAUGGUUACUGAAGCAGCAAUGAGAUAGGGGCCCUUCUUACAAAGAGUUACGAUUGAUCCGAUCAAUCACAACUAUGGAAUGCAAGCAAAGUCGACAUAUAAAAUGCAUGUUUGUUCAAAAAAAUUCUAGAUAUGAAUGUAUAUCCAUAAAUUUAUUGGUUUCUUGACAAUUUGGUGUGUCCUCCUUUGUUUACAAAGGACAUUUUACAAAUUUUCUGUAGAAAAAAUUAUGACACUGAUGGAUUUCUAUAGAGUUACGAUUGAUUGGAUCAAUCGUAACUCUUUGUAAGACAGGGCCCAGAGUAGUUUAGUAACAUUCAUAGUAGUCAUUUCUUGAAGAUUCAGGGUGGUGUUUCAACAAUUUUAAGUGUGACUGAAAAUCAGAUUCAAAUUUUUCGUGUGCGGUAUUGUCAGGUCAUGCAGCUAGACUGUUGUCUUUGUUGUCAAGCUAAACACAUAGGCCCGAAUUCACAAAGGUGGUUUUGAAAUUACGCUUAUAUACCACAUAUAAUAAAGAAUGACCAAUGCUGAUGCUUGCUUUUGUCACAGUGUGCCAAAUUGUUGCCUCUUGCCGUGGUUAUCCACGCUAUUUUAUUCAUGAGUCCACUGUUUUGAAGAGUGGACUCGUUAAUUAAAAACAGUGGACUCAUGAAUAAAAUAGCAUGCUUAACCAUGGCAACAGGCGUGCAUUUGGCGCACUGAGAAAAAAGUGCGCAUCAGCAUUGGACAUUUUUUUAAUAUACGCGGUAAAUGAAGAGUAAUUUAUAGAGGAAAUCUGCAUAAACCAUGGGUUCAACCGACGUUUUUAAAAACUACUUUUGUGAAUUUGGGCCAAAUAGUGAUACGUCUGGGUCCCGUGACGAGAUCGACGACGCUCUAUCCCUUUAAUCAUUGAACGCCAAACGGGGUAGCAGCAACUCCCAUCUUGUAACGUCUUUUGGCCUGUUGCAACAUGAUGGGAGUGACCUUUCUGGUCAGAUUCUGAAUGACCUACAACCACUCCAUUCUUACAACUUCGAUGGAAACCUUGAUUGUGAUUGGCUGCUGAGCCCCGUUACCGUAACGACAUCAUUGAGAAUCUUAUCUUUCACAAGAAGGGGUCACCAGUUGUUGAUAACUUUACGAAAACACCACCCUUGAUAUAUUGGGUUGGUGAGUUUGACCUACAUGUAUCAUUGUGAUGUGGUUAAAGUAAUACAUCAGGGCCUGUAACACAAAACUUAGGUAAUGAUUGUAGAACGCUUUUCUACGAUUGAUUAAAUCGACUUCACUGUACAAUCAUGAAGAUCAAGCGUACGCUUAAUCGCUGACCUUUGUGUUACGGGACCCAGGCCAGCACACUGAUAUGAAAAAUGCAAUAAAUUCUACAUGAUAGUGACAAGAUCUAUGCUUGUUUCAGACAUUAGACCACAUGAGUGGAAAUGUUUACUUGAUUUUGUCUUUAAUGCUCCAUCAAGCAAUUACUGAGUUGUGACUUUGGCACAGGUCAAACCAAGUAUAUAACAUAUGUUGGGCAAUUACACUGGUAAGUCCGGCCCCCCUCCCACCCACAAGUCUGAAGUUAUAAUUUUGGGAUUGAAAGUUCUACAUGCAAUGUAUCGGGUCUUACGUACCUACUUAUGGAAUUUGAUUUUAUGUACACCCGAAUAUGUCUGUUGUACAUUUUACUGUAAAGGGUUUUUCAAGAAAAUAUGAUUAAGAAUAAACAGUUUCUUGGAACACCCUGUGCACUGUGAUGUAAUGUAGAGAAAAAUCAAUAAUGUAUAUGACAGAGGGAAUAUUUUUGAAUAGUUGAGUAUAUGUGUAUCAUAAUUAUAUUUCCACAGUGAGAAGUUAUGCACGAUGUCCGACUCGGUAGUGGAUGUAAAAGGCAUUGAAAAAAUAAGUUAAAGUACUGUUUACUUUGAGUAUUAUUGGUCUAAUUAGGUCUAAUUAAUGAUGUGGCCUGCCUCCAUAUCAUUAUUAUAGAAAUUUGAUGUUAGAAAAGGUCUGCUGUAUAUGAUGAAUUCUGGCAUUAGUUGUUUUGACUACCUUCAUGAAAAAAAGCUUGCUCUCCAAAGUUAAACCAAGUAUUGAGAAGGGGGGGAGAAAUCACUGUAAUUUUCAAUAUUUCUAACCUUUACAGGGGAACAACUACUGUAUUGGAAUACGAAGUGUUGUGUUUUUGUGCAAUUGUGGAAAGUGAUUUAUAUUAGGACAUAUUUUGUUUAGCACUUGCCAGCCAGUGUUGAAUUUGUAUGAAGUAGGCAUUAUUUUUACAGGGGAGAUGGUCUUGUGGUAUGAUGCAACACGCUCUCAUUAAAAAAAUAUUGCUUGGAAACCUCAUGACAGUGUUUGAAUUGCUAUAUUGCACAAAUUCCCAGGUACUUAUUGAAAGGGUAAUUAUUCUCUCAUUAUUACAUUUGUAUUUUAUGUGAAAGAUUGUUUUGAAUGUGUGUGAUUAUUAUUUGAAUUAGACUGACUUGAAUAGUACAGAUCCAUCUUUAUAAACCUGGUCAAGAAUUUGGAACAUCCUGAUUAAAUAAAUUGCUCUAAAAAAAAAAAAUUGUGAUUACAUAAUGAGACUCUUCAAGGGUUUACCAAAUAUUUUUAAAUACAGGCUAAUCUCCAUAUUUCUUAUAAGUUUAUCAGAUGUAUGUAUAAAAUUAUAUAUUACAUAGUGUAUAAAUCUGGAUAUUAAAGAGCAAAUAUGAAUUGUUUAGAGAAGGUA